AUGUCAACAGCCGCAAUUUCACAGAAUCCAAAUUAUAUAGGAAAACGAAACAAUUUCAAGCGGCCCGGUCGUCUUCUCUCCUCGGUCUUCGACAGCGGAAGUGACUGCGAUUCUUUCUUUGAUAAUUCUUAUUCUUCUUCUCCACCUAGAUGCGCGCUCUGUUGCGUAUCUAGCCACCUCGGCCAGGGUGAACUUAUCCGUUAUGCGCCUUCAGCCGGAUUCGACCCAUUUCAGCAAUCGUCAGAAAGAAACUCUCCAUCUCCGAAAACUCCGCGACGCUCAACCCGCAGCGGCACCAAGCGCGCCCUCUCCCUUCAUUCCGAAGACAGUCUCAGCAAAAUCGGAAGGGCGGACGUUCUAGAGCCCAUACACGUCUUCGAAUCCACAGGCCACGUCUUUGCCCACCACUGCUGCGCAGCCUGGAGUGAGGGUGUUGCCACAGCGCGGGGUUUCGAAAAUAGCCACGAAAAUCAUCCUGCCAAAAAAAUUCGUAGUCUGAAGAGUGAGUUCUCUGAAGAUGUAACUCUUGUCGGCGUCGAUCGCGCUGUUUUCUCGAGUUUACGUCAGAAGUGCUCCUACUGCCAAAACUACGGAGCCUCCGUGCGCUGUAAAGUCUCCAACUGCUCGUCAUAUUAUCACUACCCGUGCGCGGUAGCUUCUGGCGCCUUCCAAGACGCCGAAUCCUGUUCGGUUCUUUGCGCUCCAGAGCAUCGUCACCAAGCGCGUCUUAUCGACCCUUCUGGCUGUGAAUUCUGUAGUCAAGUGGGUGAGCUCUCCGAUCUCUUGUUUUGCACGACUUGCGGGGCCCACUCGCACGCGCGUUGCCUCAACGAAGGAAUCAUCGUUACCGGCGAAGUGCGCGCCGGCUGGCAGUGCUACACUUGUAAAAUUUGCCAGCAAUGUCGAAAGUCGGAUGACGACGCGCAGAUGAUUAUAUGUGAAACGUGCGACAAAGGCUGGCAUACUUACUGUUUGAACCCUGUUAUGGACUCCGUGCCUAAAGAUGGCUGGAGCUGCAACAAUUGCCGCAACUGCAUCGAUUGCGGCAACAAAAUACGAAACGGGCAUCUGAUUCCAACAAACACCCACUCGCCGGCGAAAGAGCAGCUGCUUUGCACCAACUGCAAGAACCACCGUCUCAAGACCGAGUGCAUCGUUUGUCACGCCGAGUGUCUCGACGAAGAUGAGCUCAUAAAGUGUUCGGAAUGUGGCUCUCGCUGUCACCUUGGGUGUGAUCCUGACAAGACUUACCAAUGUCCCAACUGUCGCCCGUUUGACAUUCCCAAAUCUCCCCAAUCGUCGAAGUCGGACUCCUGCUUUACCGACGAAAUCUCUGCAAAAGAAUCUAUCGACUCUGACAUGACAAAAUCUACUGAAAUAACGGACGUAGAUUCACCCAAGCCCUUUUACAGUAACGAUUCUCCUUCGCUUGAGCCAAAAGAAGAGCAGAUAUCAUCUAACGAUCAAAUCACUAGCAGUUUACGCUGCUCGGCACAAACAACCACAAGCUCCAAAGCUGCGAGUAGCUCAAAGCCGACGAAUAAGUCAUCGAAUAAACCACCGAGUAGCAAGCCGCCAACGAAGAAAUCGCAGAAAAAAGGCGCAAGGAAGGGGACGAAAAUGAAAAAAGACCAACGCACGAAAAACUCGACUAGUGAUGGCCAGCAAUCGAACGCUCAAAAGCGCAACAAGCGAAAAGCAAUCGACUCGUUGAAGGCUGGAACGGAUGGGAGUCAAGGCUCGGCUGAUCGCGAUUCUACUUUCGACGAGUUUAGAUGUGUAUUGCUCGGAGAUGCGGAGGAAGAUGAAUUUGUAAGAAGUAGUGAUUUGUGCGCUACAUGCGGUGCCAUCGGCGAUAGGGAGCACUUUGAAUCAAAGAUGCUUUUCUGUAUCGUCUGCGCCCAAAGUUACCACGUUUACUGUGCUGAAGUAACGCUGAGCAAGGAACUGUUAGAAAAGGGAUGGACCUGUCCCCAUUGCCGUAUCUGUCCGAAAUGCGAUGAAUCCGUGCAGCCUGCUGACUCGAGCGCUUCGACCUGCUCACAGUGCUAUCAGACCUUUCAUCACAUCUGCCUGAAUAGAAAACCAAUCGCCAGUGCGGCGGAAACACCCAAUCAAUCCUCAAUUCUUCAAUCAGACGACGGCACAGCCACGACUCCUACAGACUGCAAAAACUCUCAAUCGAAAUGGAAGUGUGACGACUGCAUUAAAUGCAACUCAUGUGGAACGACAACUCUCAACAAUUCUAAUCUCGAGUGGCAAAACGAUUACUCAAAUUGUCCGGUUUGCUGGUCUAAGCAGGUCUGUUGUAUCUGCAACAAGAACUACAAGGAAGAUGACGUUUUACUAAAAUGCUCUGAUUGCCUCAGAUGGCAACACGCAUUGCAUGAGCAGGUUUACUCAGAGAGUGAUGCUGAUUCAAUGGCUGAGCAAAAUUUCAAGUGCACGAUGUGCCGCCCUUCGAAAAAAGUUUACAAGCCCUUGCGUAUCCACAAUUCGAACGAUAUUGUGAUAGAUACCUUCAACUGGUCAAAUGAACCGGAUAUUCAAAAGACACACGAAAAGGAUGGAGUCGCAUUCACAGAUGAAGGCCUUCAAACAUUCCAAAGCGAGCUGAGUCGACUUAUUGGCUCUAUGAGAAAACCUCGAACUCCGUCGCUGAAGUCAAUGAAUCCAAGUGAGCCUCCGAGUCCGACUCAUCCAGAAAUCGACGAUGAGCCAAAGGAUCUUAAUCACACCAAUGGAGCAUCGGCAAAUGGGGAGCAACCGCGAAAACGCAAACCUUAUCGACCUGGCAUUGGCGGUUUUCUCGUCAGAACUCGUAAUCGCGUAGCCAAGCCUAAAGCUGUUCUUGAUACUGGGAACUCUUCUGACUCGAACAACCCUGUCAAAACUGAACCAAAAAAACAAAAUAAAAAGAAGAAAAGCAAGAUUAUCGACAACUAUCCUCAAUACAUCCAGGAAGCUUUUUUUGGGCAGCUCGCACAUGAUUCAAAAAUGUGCGAUUUGGCAAAUAUCAAAACAGAACCCGUUGAUAGUAGUCUUGGAACGUCAGUAGGAAUUAACCAAGUCAUCGUCAAGUCGGAGCCAGUGGAUGUGUACAAUGCAGAAACUGACUCUCAGUCAACUUCCGACAAUAUAAAUGAGCUAGUGACGCCUAUAGAAGAUACCUCAUUGAUCAUUCUAGAUCAGCCACUUCCCGAAAUGGCUGAAAGCUCUGGUGCCAAUGAUCCAGAUAUCUUCUUCGAUCUUACGAAUUUUGAAAAAGACUUCGACGAUGUUAUAGAUAUGAAAGAAGAUAAACCGGAAGAUACCCCGACAAGCUCUACUACAUUGAAAGAAGACUCGAAGCCCAAUGUAGUUCUUCCUGUUGGGUCUGUAUCAUCCCCCACGCCAGUUUCAUCUGGUCAACACAUUGGGGCCACUUCUGCAAAUGUUGGAAUAAACAGAGUGAUUCCGAAUGGCAUUCUAGCACAAAAUGUUCCUCCAGAAGGAGCUCAUAUUACCAGUCCGAUGCCUACCCCAGUUAUUUAUCAACCACCCCAAGUUGUAGCGCAACCGAUUGGUUCGCAACAAGUCGUCCAAGUAACUCAGAGUCAUCAUGGUCACAUAUCUCCUCAAAUUCAGGUGCGGCAAGUCAUGUCUGAGCAGGUGCGGCCGCGAAUUCACCCGCAGAACUAUCAACAAAACUACUUGUCAAUGAACAAUUGUACAUUGCAGCGGCAAAUGGCAGUUCCAAUGUCUGGUCAUGGUCCUCCACCUCCUCAUGGCCACAUCCCCAACCACGUUCAGCAAAUGCAGAAUUGGAAUGGAACUCGCGAUCAAAUACAAAAAAGCCAGAAUGAGCCUUCAUCAAGUAACAAUCGUAAUAACUCGGAAAAAUGGCGGGAAGACGAAGCUCGUGGUGACAAAGCUACUAUUUCACCAGUUCUUUAUGCGAAUACAAUGCACCCUCAUUUGAAGACAGAAUUCCCAGAUUGGAAUGAUAGACACAAACAGAUUCAGCGGCUUUGGCGAAAAGUUCCUGGAGAAGGGCGAAAAUCCUAUCUUUCUAAGGCAAGAGAGAACCGCGAUAAAAAGACCGGAAAUAAAAGCUCCUCUCGUUCCCGAUCAACUUCUUUAAAUAAGCCGCCAAAAACUCAGUCGCCCAACGAACAAUCGGACAAAACACCGGAGAAAGAGUCGAGUGAUCAAGCCUGGAAGCAAUUUAUAUGUGCUUCGAGUCCGAAUUCGUCUGUGCCUUCGCCAAAACCAGUACAAAGUCCUGCGGCCACCUCUUUUUCACCGAAUCCCUCUGCUACACCUAGUCACCAAGUGAAUCAAAGUCCUGUUCCUAGUCCCCAAUCGGGAUCCCCUGCGCCUGCCAUGUCAAAUACAGAUCCUAUGUUCAGUCACAUGAGUCCUGACUCUAGCUCGCCGCUGAUUCCUCCAUCCCGAAAAAUGAGCUCUGACUUUGGCUCAUCCCAAGGCUCUCUUCCAGGGACUCCACGAUCUCCUAUGCCACCUCCUGCCAUGUCUCCGUCCGUGGGCGACGUCUUCCCAUCUCCUCGACUUCAAAACCAACCUUCUUUGCGUUUCCCUUCUACAACACACACCUCCAGCACGAACUCACCCCCGACCACCGGUCUUCAACCUCAGCAAGCACCAUCAGCUCAGCAGAAUAUUGUACAACUACAGAUCCGUCCAAAUCAACCACAUCACUGUGAACGCUUAUUCGAUAAUCUCGGACGUCAGCAGUCAGGCUCUCUAGCUCGUGAAAUUAUCAACAAUAAGCUUCAACGAAAAGAGCGAAUGCGAAGGACUGAAGAAGCCUCGAAUCAGAUAUGGAAUACAGCUACUGCGCAAAACCCGGGAUCACUGAUGUACAAUCAGCAAGGCCAACCUAUUCACAUCGGCCAAAGAUUUCCAAUGCAACCAGGACCUGGUGGCUCUACCGCGGUUCAAGGGCUUCCUGGCGCAUCUUUCAAUCCAAUAAUUCAACAUCGGCAGCCUAUCCGACUUAUUCCAAAUAACCAAACAGCGCAGUCAGUUCGUUUCCAGCAGGCUCAAGUUAUUACUCCUCAACAUCCUCAUCAACAAAUUAUUGGUUCUGAUCCUAUCAAGAUCAAUGGCGCUGUACAAAUCGAGCUAAAAAAUGGGAAUUCGUCGCCUUCGAACGGCGUCGUUACUGUUGCACGUGCGCCGUUAAAUCAUAAUUAUAGUAAUAAUCAGCCGAUAACUGCUCCGACCGGAAGUGACCAGAGCUCAACCGAUAAAAUGUUUAGUCAAAGCUUAGAAUCGACUCCUUCUCCCACUCAAAUACCACAAUUAGAUGGUCAGAAUGAUUCUGAAGACGAAAUCCCAGUUGCCCAACGUCCUCCGAAGCCACCAGCUCCUAAAACGCCUCCUUUUGUCGUUCUUCCGCUUGGUACUACCUCACCGAAAGGCGAAAAAAUGGCAGGGAAAGAGAUGUCACCCAAGCAAAAGACAAUCGUAGCAACAGCGAAAGUGCAAAAACCAGGUUCACCAGCUUCAAGUCCCACCAAUCGUCAGAUUCGAAUGUCUCCCAGCCACACUGGAAGCUAUCGGCCUGUCGGUUUGAGCCCGCGUGCAAUCUCUCCAGGACGUCCUCUUCAACACGGCCAGAGUGCGCCGACGCUUAUCAAACUGACCCAGCCUGUAACAUUGGUAGUAAAUACUUCGGUAAAAGUUAACACUCCGAGCUCAAGCACGCUACAAAAAGAAGUUGUGGUAACAGAUAAUGCUUCUGAAGAUACUUCUAACUCUCGAACACCUACAGUAGAGCUUCCACCUCCACCAAAAGAAGAGAAUCAGAAUAACGAGAUCGAAGAAGCCAAGAAGCUUAUCUAUAAUAAGCUAAAGAAUUUGGGAGAACUUGGGCGGCAAAAGAAGAAUUUAUCCUCGGGUAGGAAAACAGUUCAAAUUAAGAAGAAGUCUGAUCCAUCCUCAUCUUCACCUACUCCGCAAGGAUCAAACUCGCCAGGUUCAUCCCGCCAUCGAACGAAAUCUGGAAAUAACCGCACUGACGAUAAGAAACCCGAGGUCAACAAAAAGAAGACUUUCGAAGUGUUGAGGCAAAUUCAAUCCCGCAAAAGUCCUAAUGGCAGUCUUGCAUCAUUCAACGGCAAGACUGCGGAUAUUCGAGUUCAAAUGCCUCAUCAGACUGCAAUGCAACCGAAUUUAAAUGGGUCUCCUUCGGCGAGCACGCGAUCUUUAAAUCCUGACAGCAACAACUCUCCCCAGAUUCAUGGUAUUCCCAUCGUUGUUUCGUCUCACAUUGAUGCUACUGGAAAAGGGCAGUCGGAUGUUGUUACAACGAGCACAGCAGACCCUACUAAAGCUCAGCCAAGAGCACGGAAACCCCGCCCGAAGAAAUCCAAGAAGAACAAAGAGGAACCAAAGGUCGACAUACAAGCUGCUCAAAAAUACAACCAGGGCACACAGAAUAGCUUUCAACCUCGCCUCCCCGUACUUGGAGAUAUAAAAUCUAUGCCAAAGAAACCUGUUGGUCCUGUUUCAUCAUCUAGUAUGGCGAAGAACAUUGCAGUUACGCUCCCGCCCAAUAGUUCUCUCUCUGGGACAACAAGCCAAAGGACGUCGUCUGCAGAUUCGAAAGACGAAAUUGUUAAACGGCAAGAACUGCUGAACAAUCUUUUGAGCGCGGACGAAUUGACAAUCACAAGUCCAACGACAGACCCGUCUGCUCGUGGGACAAAAGUCUCCGAAGAACAACUUAAGAUGCUUGGUAUUUCGUUGAAACAUCACUCCAAAAGUGACGAGACGCCGGUUUCUAGCGUGGAGUCUAAUGGAACACCUAAAGUUGGUGUGAAAGUGAGUCAACCAGCUUCUGUCCCCUUCUCUACGGAUUCACCGUCAAUGGAAGUCAAAACUGAAGCUCAAGCACCGGUUGUUGUUAAACAGGAACCAACUGAUCAGCCGCUCGACAAAUCAAAUGACUCGGAAAAACUUGGUGAGCUCAACAAAUCCCGCAAACGAAAGAAAUCGCUCGAAAGCAAACCACAGAAAAAAAGAAAGCGCGAUGCUGAUUCUAACCAAUAUUCCGCAAUGUCAGUCCAACUUGGACUCACAGAAGCGCCUGUUAGAAUUAAUAUCGAUCCCUGUGUUCCGCUUGGAGGUGGUACUCUUGGUGCUGUUGCGAAAAAAUCUUUAGAGUUAGAGGAAACGUGGGGAGGGCAUUGGGCGUCAGGAGGUUGGAGUAACACUUCUGCAAGCUUCUAUGAUAUGAUCGUGAAUUUCCAACACUUUGUGGAGAUGCCCAAAGGAAACGAUAUUCAAACGAUACUAGAUCUAUCAUCCAAGUUCGGUCAAACGAAAUCAUUCUUUUCUGUGUCACUAACAGACGAAGAAAAUUCUUCUGAUGAGGAAUCUUCUGUGCCCGACUUGUCGCUCAAUGAAAUGGGCAAGAUCGGCUCGUUAGAAGAAAUUGCACCAAGAAUGUCACACGACUUUCCAGUUGCCCCAGCGUCUCCGGAAGUUCAGGAGCGAAAUGUCUAUACCUUUCUUGACAAGGAAGGAAUCUUCGAAGCUAACUCGGGCGACGGAAAGGAACGCACUUGUCCUAGUCCUGAAUUGCCGAUGCCAAGCGAUAAUCCGAGGGACCCGGUGACGGUGACACUCACCUUCAGACCUGACCAGGCAGGACAGCCCGGUGACAGAAGUAAUAUUGAAAACGCUUUGAAAGCGAUUUCGAAUAUUAUCGGCAUCAAGAUCGAAGGUUAUCGAGUGUCUCAAAGCGGUUCACCCGCUCAACAGCACAAAACAUCAACGUCGGAGGUGCCAGCUAAGGAAGAAACUCGCCGUUGCUCCAAAUGUGGCGAACACAUUAUUGGAGAAGCAAGCAAAAAGCCAAUUACAUCAAAACAGCAUCCCGACUCUUUCUAUUGCACCGUUAGCUGUCGAGUGAUCGAUCAGACGUUCAAGGAAGAAGCCUCAAAGCUAAAGAUCGAUUCCUCUGCGGCUGACAAAAAACAAAAGGUUAAUGCUUACAAACGACGAAACUACAGAAUUUGUCUGGCAGAUUUGCUCGAUGCCGACACAACCGUUUUCUCUGAUGAUUUACCCGACAUCGCCCCUCAAAAAAUCAGCUCUCGCGGACGUCGCCAAGCGUCGGAGACCCAUCUUGUUAAUUUUGGGCGCUCUCUUAUGCACAAAAAUGUUCUUUGGAACGUCUGGAACAGUAAAUUUGCACCAGUACCGAAGUUCCCAUCCCAAGAUCAAGGAAGUUAUUCUCGUUCAUUGAGCGUCAAAUACGAGCAAAACUUUGGGAAGAGCUUAGACAAGCGAUCUUGUCUUCUUUGCAAAAUUAGAGGAGACGGGAAAGCCGACACUCUUGGCCGGCUUCUCAACGUCGGGUUAAGCAAGUGCCAACCAAUGACCUGCGCCACUUGCGGCGGUUUUGGAGCUUCUGUUUCUUGCUCACGCCUCCGCUGCGAUCUUCACUUCCACAUUGAAUGUGCCUUUAAAUCUGGAGGCACCUUCCUAAGACAACAACAGUUUUAUUGCUCUUCACAUUUACCGAAGGCACAGUCUUGCGACGCUCUAAAGUCGCUUGCUUGUUGUCGACGUUUAUUUAUAGACGGCUGCGAUAUCGAAGCGUUAUCAAAGCCUUUAUCACUUGCGAAGCCGUCAGCCCAUCUGCGAGUGGGUUCACUCAAGAUCUUCAGUCUUGGCGAGAUCGACCCCGCAAUGCAGCUUCUAUACAAAGAAAUUAAGGGCUUCAUCGCGCCCGUGGGCCUGAGCUGGUCGCGAUAUUUUUGGACUUCACCGCGUGAGAGAUCCAACUAUAACUUUUGCAUAUCGCGUGGAAGCUCAGGGCGCGCCGAAUUUAAAGUUCAAACAAUGGCUGCUUCUCAUACUUAUUACAUGGACUCAAAUCUUAACUCCAUCUUCGAGCCUAUUGGAAUGUCCUUUCCAAAACAGGCGAUGACCGUUGCUGCGUUUAUUCUAAAUUUCUCUGCUCCACAGAUCCAGCUUUUGCUUCAGAAAAUGCCGCUCGCUUCCUUCCUAGGAAAAGAUUUCCUGGGAAAAUUUGAGAAACUAGCGCAGGCGCUAGCUCCGGAAGCCAAGCGGCACUGUCCUGCACAUAAAAACUCGUCAAAAAGUCAAAGUCAUCACAAUCACCCCAAGCAAAAUAAUGUCUAUCUUCAAGCUUCACCUAUUCAUGAAAUCGGUCUUUUCUCUUCCUUAACAGUCGAGCCCGGACAAGUUAUUAUUGAGCUAUCGCGAGCCAUUCCAAAAGAACUAGCCGAUCGCAUGUCUUUCAGCAUUCGCUUCAAGCAAGCCCCUUCGGAGCAAUUCAUUGAAAACGUUCAAAUGGCACCCUGUCGAUUUGUAAAUCAUUCGAAGACGCCGAACUGCGAAUUCCGACUUCUCGAUUAUUUUUCAACUUCUGACAGCGCACUGAAAAUAAACGACGGUAACUCAGUGCUCAAGGCUGUGCUCAUCUCAACAAAACUCGUUAAAAAGGGCGAGGAAAUAACAGUUGAUUACGCUCGUCACUCGAUAGAAAGCCGUAAGCACAAGUUCUUCUCGCUACAACCAUCUUAA